AUGUAUAGCGAUCAUAUCUCACUGAGAGAGAUCAAAGCAGAAAAUUUUACUUUCCCAAAAAAGUUCCUCUUUGGCACUGCUUCUUCUGCUUACCAGUAUGAAGGAGCUUACAUAACGGACGGCAAAACCCUAAGCAAUUGGGACGUUUUCACAAACAUCACUGGAAAAAUCUCAGAUGGAAGCCAUGGGAAUGUCGCUGUGGAUCAUUACCAUCGAUAUCCGGAAGAUUUGGAUCUAAUGGAAGAUCUUGGAGUUAAUAGCUAUCGAUUUUCUUUAUCAUGGGCUCGGAUUCUUCCAAAGGGAAGAUUUGGAGAUGUGAACAUGGAAGGGAUUUAUCAUUACAACAGAAUGAUCAAUGCUAUUCUCGAAAGAGGGAUGGAGCCAUUUGUGACGAUGACACAUUACGUCAUUCCUCAAGAACUCGAACUUAGAUACGAAAGUUGGCUAAAUCCUGAAAUCCGGGAAGAUUUUGAGCAUUACGCGAAGAUUUGCUUUCGAUACUUUGGGAAUAGAGUUAAAUUCUGGGCUACGUUUAACGAACCAAACGUUCAAGUGAUUUUGGGUUACCGGAAAGGGACUUACCCGCCAUCACGUUGCUCCAAGAAUUUCGGAAACUGCACACGUGGAGACUCCUACAGAGAGCCACUUGUCGCUGCUCACAACGUUAUCCGUUCGCAUCUAGCCGCCGUCAAUUUGUACCGGACAAAAAUUCAGGAAAAACAGAGAGGAAAUAUCGGUAUUGUUAUGAACGCAAUCUGGUUUGAACCGGUUAGUGAUUCUUUAGCUGAUAGAUUAGCUACUGAGAGAGCUCAAGCUUUCUAUCUGACUUGGUUCUUGGACCCGGUUGUGUUUGGAAGAUAUCCGAAAGAAAUGCAAGAAAUUCUUGGAGAAGAUCUUCCAAAAUUUACAAAAGAUGAUCUUAAAAGCUCCAAGAAUGGAUUAGACUUCAUUGGGAUUAAUCAGUAUACAAGCAGAUACGCAAAAGACUGCAUGCAUUCCACAUGUGAACCGGGCAAAGGAGGUUCAAAAUCAGAAGGGUUCGUCAAUUCAAACGCUCUAAAAGACGGUUUAACUUUAGGAGAACCGACCGGAGUUAAUUGGUUUAAUGUUUAUCCUCAAGGAAUGGAAGAGAUGUUGAUGUAUGCAACAGAGCGAUACAAAAACAUUCCAAUUGUAUGUAACAGAAAACGGAAGGGAGCAGAUAUAAGAGGAUAUUUCACUUGGUCUUUACUGGACAACUUCGAGUGGGUAUCUGGUUAUACCAUAAGAUUCGGUCUAUACCACGUCGACUUCGACACUCAAGAGAGAACCCCAAGACUCUCGGCUUCUUGGUACAAGAACUUCAUUUUCCAGCACAAAGCGCAAUGCAAAGAUGAUGAUGCCUGA